AUGGCCAAGUCUUUUGCAUCAGUAGAAUGGCUUUCCCAAAGCAGCCACAGAGAGGACAACAUGAAGACCAGCUUGACCUUAAAGGAUCAGCAAACUACAUGCAAUACUUGGACCCCAGUAAUGCGAUCAAUCCCAAGGAUUGCCCAUGUGGCACCAUAUCCAGGAACCCAGAGGCUGACAUCUCCAGGGAAUAACCAUGCAUCAUUCUACUUAUGGGACAUUGAGCAAUCUACUAAAGACAAAGUUCAAUCCUACACAUUGGAUAGCCAAAGAGCCUCUCCCUCCAAUAAGUUAUCUAAGGAAGAUAUUGAAGCAUCAUGUAGCCCAAUUCACAAUGGACAAUACAAUACAUCAGAGAAUUUUGUCAUCUCCAGCCAGGGUUCCAACAUCUCUCAAGAUGUUCCUUCAUCUAGCCAAGAGUCAUAUGAAAGUCAAGAACAAAGAAGCUUCACUGAGGACUUUUCCCAUUCUGGCUGCAGUCCUAGCACUGAAUCUGGUUAUGACAGUGAAACCAGUUGCUCUAGGGCUACAACCCCAAUAAGUGGUGGGGCAGAGGAGUCUAGUGACACAUCUGAUGAAGAGGGCAAAGUAGGCCGGAGACUAAGAACAGCAUUUACCACAGAGCAGAUAACCACUCUGGAGAACACCUUCCAAAAACACAGAUACUUGGGGGCCUCAGAGAGACGCAAACUUGCAGCCAAGCUCCAACUGUCUGAAGUUCAGAUAAAAACUUGGUUCCAGAACAGAAGAAUGAAACACAAGCGUGAAAUACAGGAAGGAAGACAAGUGCAGUUUCAUCCAGCUCAGUUCUACAGUAUGUAUGGGUAUUCAGCUCAACCUGUGCCACCCUACCAGUACACCCACUCUGGGCAGCAGCUCCAUGUUCAGAACCCUCUGGUGGAUCCCAUGUCCUACAAUUACCAAAGCCCAUCUGCUGCUUUCGACUCAAUGAAUGCAUUCAGCCCACAGUCCGUUCAAGUGAUGUACCUGCCCCAGCAGGCCUUCAUGCCCCCUGCUGUCCACCAUGAAGAGCAGCAGUUUGCAAGAUUAGCAUACCAAACUCCUUUAUUCUCAUUCGAGAGUUAUGACUGA